UGGUACAGCAUAUAAUAGUCUCAUUGUAGGUAAUAUCAUUCCUUUUAUCAAACUUCUCAAGACUACCUUAUUAGCAAGGUCACGGAUGUCAUUGUUUUCAGCCAAUGAAGCAGUGCUUCAAGCUAUUGUUGAGAUUCUUCUUCCAUCAAGGCAUAGAGUGCCAGAGCUUUGUCUUGUAAUAGAUGGCAAAAAACGAAAAGGAUCGGGCUGUUUUAGUUUUCUUGAUAUUUUUGUUCUGGGAGGAAUUGAGAGAAAUGAUGUUUGUUUAGAACUUAAAUAUAUUUCAUUAAACGGUCUGGCGAGAGAUGUUGGAAAUCAAGUAGGAGUUCUUGCAAAGAGUCAUGCGGUUGGAUAUUCUACUUUGGGAGUAUUCGAUGAACGAAUUAAGAUAAUCAAAUCAGGUCCUAAUAAACUAGAAGGAUUCAUUAUCAUGGUUGUUGGAUUCCGUCGUAUCUUGUGGAGACCCAUUGAAGAAAUGAUAUCCAACUAUAAAUAUAUUAAUGUUUAA